AUGGUGAGAGCGGAAAGCGCACGCGGCGCAGAUAGCCGCCAGUUCCCAGGGCAAAAUCUUCUGGACUUCUCUGGAUCAAAGCGACCGUUGUUUGCGCGUGGUAAAAGGGGAAACCGAAGAAGCGGACAAUUCUCUCCUAGCUCUCAAUUCGAGGAUGACGGCGAGGUGGAGGAGAGCGGCAGAAGAAGUUCGGUACUGCGGAAAGGCAAAAAGGUUGCUGACCAGACUGAGGACUCACCGAGCAGUCUCAAACUCCGGAUUUCAAGCCCUUUCGAUUUCCAACAUGUCUCGCAUGCGGACCGCCGUCACAUCACUUCUCUAGAUGCGACACCAGAGCAAAAUGGAACAACAGAACACAGAGGCGCCCUCAAAGGCAUCAGGGCAGACGGCCUGCACUUUGACAAUCUCUCCUCCGAUAGUCUUGCUGCGCCUGAGUCAAGAGCAGCGUCUGUCAUGGGAUUUAGGUCCCAAGCUAUGAGCCCAUCAUUUGCCCCCGAGCACGACGUCAGCUCAGCGACACUCAGAACAGCACGAUCCGUCGAAAGCUUCUCGCAGCCCGGUAUCCUACCUCGUGCACACCGUCACACCCGGUCCGCCACGCCAUCGAGCCGACCGUUCUCUCCCAUAGAUGAUGCGCUCGAGACUGACCUCUCUGGUCGAAGAGUGGCAGCAUCACCUCAUUCUAAUAGAAAUUCUGGGGUUUGGGACAAGUUUGUGCCUUUGGUGUCUCCUUUCCUCGAUAACAAACUUCCGACGAUAGCUGAUGAGUCGGAUAAUUUCGGUCAUGCGAUCACAACCCCAGAUGAUUCCGCUAUCCAUGCCAUCACGCCAAUCUACAGUCCCGGGCUUGAGGAUGUGGCAGAGGAGCCCGAACGAUUUUCCAGUCCGAGGCCUGCGCCAUCACCUCCAAUGCGAUCCCCACGGCCCCCGCGCUCACCGUUCUUCGAUUCAAUCUCAUCGCGUAGCGCCCAACGGACCCCGAUUUCGAGAACCAAUAGCCGCUCUGGGUCCGCGACUUCCUCGAAACCAACAACACAGAGGGCGCCGAUAACGCGGCCGAUUUCGCAAAUGUCUGACACUCUAGGCUCUUCCACUCCUGCUAAACGAAACUCUCUUCGCAGGCCAUCAACGACGAGACGAAAAUCUAAUACUUGGCGUGUUAUUGAAGAAUCGUGGGAAGACGAUGUAGAUUUCAUCUAUGAGAAUGCCCUAGAAGCCGACUGCGAAUUUGACUGGGAAAACGGUUCGGAUGGUGCAAGGACUCCCGAGGACAGAGAGCGUACCCCACAACAGCAAGAUGGCCAGCAGAAUGGCCAGGAGCCUACUUCUGCCUCGAACCACUCCCGUACGAUAUCGAUGCAAUCCGAAGAGGAAUUUGUGGACAAUUCGACCUUCUAUCCAGGCAAUUUCCGCCCCUCGCUCCUCGUCCCCAGUACCAUCAGUGUCCCAGAACUAGAGUACCGCUCCGCGCUUUCUGCUUCCACCGCGGAUACCGGAAUGCACACGCCCUCAGAUCUCUUCAGCUCCAUGGAUCGCCGACAAGCCCCUUAUUCGGAAAGCGAGGGUUUCGUCCUUACGCCUUCCAUGUUGAUUCCCCCGGAAUAUAAGGAACAGCCUCGCGACGAGAUGUACAAUGAUCUCCUUGCGAAUUAUGAAGGGUCGGAUCGACACUUCCCCAUUCUCGAUGCCCGAAAGAGCAUCGCCAGCUCUUCUCGUAGCAGCCACAUUCGCUCCAGCAAGCGGAGUUCCUACGACAGCAGCCUUAUGUCCUCUGGCAUUUGGAGCACGCCCGUUCGUCGGUCCGCAAGCUCAUCUGGCAGCCUUCCGGAACUUGUCCACUCACGGCGGUCUCGCAAGGACAUCAAUGCUGCAGUCGAGCAGCUAAGCCAGCAGGUUGCGGCGGUCACCACUGGCGGCAACAGCAUGACCGAGACUGAGGACGAUGAUGUCACUCCCCCCGGACGUCAGUGUCAAGACCGCACGUUCUUCGCGUCAGAAGAUGAGGAGGAGGCUCAAUCAUCCCAAUUCGCAAUUGAGAGCGAAGUCCGCGCAUCCCUCGACCUCGCCCAGCAGGGCUCAUCACGUUCAUCCCGACAGCAACCUCACGGUCACAAAUACGCUUCGUCCGAUGGCGCGGCCAAGCUGCUCGCGUCCCCGAUGAUGCGUACUCCAGAGCUACAGCAAGCACCGAAAGGACGCGCCCGAGCUGCUAGUUCUGCGGCACGAAACUCUAGGCCAUAUCUCAGUCUAUUUCCCACACCGCCGAAAACAACACCUCUCGCAACUCCGACUUCGCCAAACCCCGCGAAGUAA